AUGGUCUCCCAGCCGGUGCCCGCCCUGGGGCUGCCCUCCUGGUACAUCCUCCAGGAGGUCCUGAGCCGCGUGGACGCAGAUCCGACCAGCGCCGCCGUGGUGGUGCGCGCGCACGACGAACGUAUCAAGGACCCUAGGCGGGCCGCGGUGGCGAUCAAGUGCAUCCCGCGGUCCUGCGUGGCGCGCGGCGCCAAGUACAUAGAGCGCGAGGUGCUGCACCACCGGCGCCUGUGGCACCGCCACGUGGUGAUGUUCAGGGAGCUGCUGCUCACGGACAGCCACCUGUGCAUCGUGAUGGACUACAUCGGCGGCGGCACGCUGCACCAGCUCGUGCUGGAGAAGAGGCGACUCAGCGAGGGACUCGCCAGGUGGUUCUUCCAACAGCUAAUCCUUGCAGUCGACUACUGCCACCAGAAGGGCGUCAUGAACCGGGACGUGAAGCUUGAGAACAUCGUAGUGGACGACAGGCAGAAGCACCACCCUGUGGUGUACGUCUGCGAUUUUGGGCUGUCCAAGCAUGUCAACAAUUCCGACCCCACAACACUGCUAGGGACCGGUAAAUACAUGGCGCCGGAGGUCAUCUACCAAGGGGCCAAAGGGUUGAGGUACGAUGGCAAAAAGGCGGACAUCUACUCUUGCGGCGUGUGCCUUGCCGUCAUGCUCUUCGGAUACUACCCUGAGGUGCUGGUAGGCGGCCAGCCGGUGACGAGCGACAACGAUGCGCGCCAGACCGGCAUGAGGGUCAAGGCGCUGGUCGGCGCCGGAGAGGCCUGCCUGCAGGUCGUCCUGCCCCAGCAGCGGGACGCUGACGGUGAGUAG